AAUUGUUAGUUCCCAUUCGGUCGUCGUGCAGUUCGCUUCUAUUGUUUCUCCUCCGUUUCUCGGUGAUCUCGACAAUAUCCUUGUUAUCCUUUCGGGUUAAAAAAAUUCUUUAAUUAAAAAAGGACAAUGCGUUUGAUCACGGCUUCCUUUUUCCUGCUGGCACUUUGUGCCUCAUCGUCUAACAUUUGGCCAGCGAGUGCCCUUGAGUGCUACGUAUGCCAGGGAUCCGGGUGUGACGACUGGGAUAGUGUUCAAGUGGUUCAAUGCAAUACGGAUGAUACAACCACUACGGAGAUUACUACAGAUUCCACCACUGAUUCUACAACAACUGAGUCUACAUCAGAGUCUACUACGAAAUCUACCUCGGAGUCUAGUUCGGAAUCUACCUCGGAAUCUACUACGGGAUCUACUACGGAGUCUACUACGGAAUCUACUAUCACGGAAUCUACAACGGAUUCUACGACUGAGUCUACAACAGAGACUUCGACUACUGAAUCUACCACGGAAUCUACAACAGAGUCCACACCGGUGUCUUCAACGGAGUCUUCAACGCAGUCUACUACGGAAUCUACAACGGACUCCACAACGCAGUCUACAACGACGACUACAACAGAGUCUACAACGGUGCCUUCAACGGAGUCUUCAACUGAGCCCACUACUGAAUCCACAGCAGGGUCUUCAGCAUCAACUACAACCCAGUCUACUUCAGAGUCUACAACAACGGAGUCUACAACAACGGAGUCUACAACAACAGAGUCUACAACAACUGCAGCUGCCACACAGUCUACAACAACGGAGUCUACAACAACGGAAUCUUCAACAACGGAGUCUACAACAACGGAGUCUACUACAACAGCAGCUGCUACACAGCCUACAUCAACGGAGUCGACAACAACGAAUGCUCCAACGGAGACUACAACCACUACAACCACCACAACCACCACAACAACCACUACCACUGCAGCGCCCGGCGGAUCAAGUCGUCGUCGUCGAUCCUUAACCGCCCAGGCCGCCGAUAUGCUCCUGCAAAAUUACCGCAACCUGAACCGGGAUUUGGACAUCACAUAUAAGACGGCCGCCUGUUACAGCAUCAACAAGGAUGGAGAAACCUACCGUGGAUGCAUUAGGGUGCCCGUAGGACAAUCUGGUUGCCAGGCUGUUCGGACGGAGCUCAAUCUGCCCGAGAAUACCGAUGCCAACGAUGGAUGUGACCUCUGCCUGACGGACAAGUGCAACGGCAGCGCCGGCCUGAAGGUUUCCCUCGGAGCGAUGAUCCUGCUUGUGGUCCUGGGAGUGAAGAACCUUUUGUAACCUAAUUAUUUCAGGCUCCCCGAACAGUUGUAUUAUAAUUCUAUGUGUAUAUUUGUACUGGCUAGGUGCUUUUCAUUCUUAUUUAAGAAAUAAAAAUUAACGAAAAAAUA